AUGCUCUGGGAACUGUAUGUAUUUGUGUUUGCUGCCUCGGUUUUUUUAAAUUUUGUAGGAAUCAUUGCAAAUCUAUUUAUUAUAGUGAUAAUUAUUAAGACUUGGGUCAACAGUCGCAGAAUUGCCUCUCCGGAUAGGAUCCUGUUCAGCUUGGCCAUCACUAGAUUCCUGACUUUGGGGUUGUUUCUACUGAACAGUGUCUACAUUGCUACAAAUACUGGAAGGUCAGUCUACUUUUCCACAUUUUUUCUAUUGUGUUGGAAGUUUCUGGAUGCAAACAGUCUCUGGUUAGUGACCAUUCUGAACAGCUUGUAUUGUGUGAAGAUUACUAAUUUUCAACACCCAGUGUUUCUCCUGUUGAAACGGACUAUCUCUAUGAAGACCACCAGCCUGCUGUUGGCCUGUCUUCUGAUUUCAGCCCUCACCACUCUCCUAUAUUAUAUGCUCUCACAGAUAUCACGUUUUCCUGAACACAUAAUUGGGAGAAAUGACACGUCAUUUGACCUCAGUGAUGGUAUCUUGACGUUAGUAGCCUCUUUGGUCCUGAACUCACUUCUACAGUUUAUGCUCAAUGUGACUUUUGCUUCCUUGUUAAUACAUUCCUUGAGAAGACAUAUACAGAAGAUGCAGAGAAACAGGACCAGCUUUUGGAAUCCCCAGACGGAGGCUCACAUGGGUGCUAUGAGGCUGAUGAUCUGUUUCCUCGUGCUCUACAUUCCAUAUUCAAUUGCUACCCUGCUCUAUCUUCCUUCCUAUAUGAGGAAGAAUCUGAGAGCCCAGGCCAUUUGCAUGAUUAUUACUGCUGCUUACCCUCCAGGACAUUCUGUCCUCCUCAUUAUCACACAUCAUAAACUGAAAGCUAAAGCAAAGAAGAUUUUCUGUUUCUACAAGUAG